CUGCUUGAUAUUCUCUCUCUCUCUCUCUCUCUCUCUCUCUCCCUUCUAGGUUUGGUAAGAGGAGAGGAUUGGAGCUGUUUUCUCCUUGAUGCCAAGAUACGCCAAACUAGGAGCACUCCUCCCUCUCCACGGUCAUCCACCAAGAGCAGGCCUGCAGGACGGCACGAGGAUCAGAGCUCUCCUGCAGCCCCAGCCACUGCCUGCCGUCUGUGGGCCUGGGCCGUGCGGGCGACUGCACGUCGCCUGGGCACCGAGGAGGAGGUGUGAGAGAGCAGUGGCAUGGUCCAUGCCGUCGGCCGCCCUCGGCUGCCCUGCUGCUGAAGCUGCCUUGCCCAUGCUCACCCGGGCCGUGGGGCCAGGGGUCUGCCGGGGCUAGGAGCGGGGCCUGCCAUUCAUGGGUCUCUAGGGAUUUCCGAGAUGCCUGGGAAGAGAGGCGUAGGCUGGCGCUGGGCCCGGCUGCCCCUUUGCCUGCUCCUCAGCCUUUACGGCCCCUGGGUGCCUUCCUCCCUGGGGAAGCCCAAGGGCCACCCCCACAUGAAUUCCAUCCGCAUUGAUGGGGACAUCACACUGGGCGGCCUGUUCCCGGUGCAUGGCCGUGGCUCAGAGGGCAAGGCCUGUGGAGAACUGAAGAAGGAGAAGGGCAUCCACCGGCUGGAGGCCAUGCUCUUCGCCCUAGACCGCAUCAAUAAUGACCCGGACCUGCUGCCCAACAUCACGCUGGGCGCCCGCAUUCUGGACACCUGCUCCAGGGACACCCAUGCCCUCGAGCAGUCACUGACCUUUGUGCAGGCGCUCAUCGAGAAGGACGGCACAGAGGUCCGCUGCGGCAGUGGCGGCCCACCCAUCAUCACCAAGCCUGAGCGCGUGGUGGGUGUCAUCGGUGCUUCUGGGAGCUCGGUCUCCAUCAUGGUGGCCAACAUCCUUCGCCUCUUCAAGAUACCCCAGAUCAGCUACGCCUCCACAGCCCCUGACCUGAGCGACAACACCCGCUACGACUUCUUCUCCCGCGUGGUACCCUCAGACACGUACCAGGCCCAGGCCAUGGUGGACAUCGUCCGUGCGCUCAAGUGGAACUACGUGUCCACAGUGGCCUCGGAGGGCAGCUACGGCGAGAGCGGCGUGGAGGCCUUCAUCCAGAAGUCCCGCGAGGACGGAGGCGUGUGCAUCGCACAGUCGGUGAAGAUUCCUCGAGAGCCCAAGAUGGGCGAGUUCGACAAGAUCAUCCGUCGCCUCCUGGAGACCUCAAACGCCAGGGCAGUCAUCAUCUUCGCCAACGAGGAUGACAUCAGGCGUGUGCUGGAGGCGGCUCGAAGGGCCAACCAGACCGGCCACUUCUUCUGGAUGGGCUCAGACAGCUGGGGCUCCAAGAUCGCACCUGUGCUGCACCUGGAGGAGGUAGCUGAGGGUGCCGUCACUAUCCUCCCCAAGAGGAUGUCUGUGCGAGACCGUGAGCGCAUUGGGCAGGACUCAGCGUAUGAACAGGAGGGGAAGGUGCAGUUUGUGAUUGAUGCGGUGUACGCCAUGGGCCAUGCACUGCACGCCAUGCACCGCGACUUGUGUCCUGGCCGCGUGGGACUCUGCCCGCGCAUGGAUCCCGUAGACGGCACCCAGCUGCUUAAGUACAUCCGAAGCGUCAACUUCUCAGGCAUCGCAGGGAACCCUGUGACCUUCAAUGAGAACGGAGAUGCACCCGGGCGCUACGACAUCUACCAGUACCAACUACGCAACGGCUCUGCAGAGUACAAAGUCAUUGGCUCCUGGACUGACCACCUGCACCUUAGAAUAGAGCGGAUGCACUGGCCGGGGAGCGGGCAGCCGCUGCCCCGCUCCAUCUGCAGCCUGCCAUGCCAGCCAGGCGAGCGGAAGAAGACAGUGAAGGGCAUGCCUUGCUGUUGGCACUGUGAGCCCUGCACAGGCUACCAGUACCAGGUGGACCGCUAUACCUGCAAGACGUGUCCCUACGACAUGCGGCCCACCGAGAACCGCACAGGUUGCCGGCCCAUCCCCAUCAUCAAGCUCGAGUGGGACUCGCCCUGGGCCGUGCUGCCCCUCUUCCUGGCCGUGGUAGGCAUCGCGGCCACGUUGUUUGUGGUGGUCACCUUUGUGCGCUACAACGACACGCCCAUCGUCAAGGCUUCGGGCCGCGAACUGAGCUACGUGCUGCUGGCAGGCAUCUUCCUGUGCUACGCCACCACCUUCCUCAUGAUCGCUGAGCCCGACCUGGGCACCUGCUCCCUGCGCCGCAUCUUCCUGGGCCUAGGCAUGAGCAUCAGCUACGCGGCCCUGCUGACCAAGACCAACCGCAUCUACCGCAUCUUCGAGCAGGGCAAGCGCUCGGUCAGCGCCCCGCGCUUCAUCAGCCCCGCCUCGCAGCUGGCCAUCACCUUCAGCCUCAUCUCCCUGCAGCUGCUGGGCAUCUGCGUGUGGUUUGUGGUGGACCCCUCCCACUCAGUCGUGGACUUCCAGGACCAGCGGACGCUCGACCCCCGCUUCGCCAGGGGGGUGCUCAAGUGCGACAUCUCAGACCUGUCGCUCAUCUGCCUGCUGGGCUACAGCAUGCUGCUCAUGGUCACGUGCACCGUGUACGCCAUCAAGACGCGGGGCGUGCCCGAGACCUUCAAUGAGGCCAAGCCCAUCGGCUUCACCAUGUACACCACCUGCAUCGUCUGGCUGGCCUUCAUUCCCAUCUUCUUCGGCACCUCGCAGUCAGCCGACAAGCUGUACAUCCAGACGACGACGCUGACGGUCUCAGUGAGUCUGAGCGCCUCGGUGUCCCUGGGAAUGCUCUACAUGCCCAAGGUCUACAUCAUCCUCUUCCACCCGGAGCAGAACGUGCCCAAGCGCAAGCGCAGCCUCAAAGCCGUCGUCACCGCGGCCACCAUGUCCAACAAGUUCACGCAGAAAGGCAGCUUCCGGCCCAACGGAGAGGCCAAAUCUGAGCUCUGCGAGAACCUGGAGGCCCCAGCGCUGGCCACCAAACAGACUUAUGUCACCUACACCAACCAUGCCAUCUAGCUAGGCCACGAGCCCAGCAGGAAGAGGAGGAACCGUGACCCUUGUGGAUGGUGCGUCAGGCCAGGGCCAUGCCCAGGGGCCCAGCUGAUGUCCUGCCUGCCCGUGGGUGCCCACGGACAUGGCUUGGUGCUGAGGACAGCAGUGCCUCCGGCCGUCACUGCUGAACAGCCUGGGCAAGCCAGGUGGGCGGCAGGAGGAGGACACUCCAGGCCCCUGCAAGAGCCUUCGUCUUGGGCCAAUUGCCCCUCCUGGCCACAAACCACAGGGGCUCAGGCGGUGUGGGCCCCAGGGCUGGGUCUCUCCUUCCUUCCGUCUCUGCCUGUUCCACGUCUGUCUCCAGCUCGUCUCUGCGCUCUCUGACUCUGUAUGUCGCCUUUUCUUUCUUGUUGUCACCGCUCUUUGUGUCCUCGGCUUUCCUGUGUCUUCUUUCCCUCUGGCUCUGCCUCCUCCCAUCAUCCUCUCUGUCUUAGCUUCUCUGCCUCCUCCUGGGUUCUGCCUGUGUCACUCCUCUCAUGCCUUUUGCUUUCCUGUCCUUGACUUCACUUCCAUCCCGUUUAUGGACCCGUCUCUGUUCCACCCACUCCCAAUCCAUCAGAUCUUACGUGUCGCAAAAGAGAAAAACGGAAAAAAAGUCAAAACACAAAAAAGCCAAAACAAAAACCAAUCUCGAGUGUGUUGCCAAGUGCUGCGUCCUCCUGGUGGCCUCUGUGUGUGUCCCUGUGGCCCGCAGCUUGCCCGCCGGCCCCGCCCAUCUGCCGUGUGUCCUGUCCGCCUCCCCGCCUGCCCCUCCUGCCGACCACACGGAGUUCAGUGCCUGGGUGUUUGGUGAUGGUUAUUGAUGACAAUGUGUAGCAUGAUUGUUUUUAUACCAAGAACAUUUCUAAUAAAAAUAAACACAUGGUUUUGCA